ACACCUCAGGCAAUGGAGAGGAAGAACAGAGGGUGAGAGACAGAGGAAUCAAAAGAAGAGAAGCAGUAGGAGAGGAAAGGAUAGGGAACCGAUAUUGAGAAAAUGGUCUCUCUUCCUCACUGCUGAGAUUUUUCUUUCAAUGCAACUCUAUUAUAUGCCGAAAAUGAUAUGAUAUAAAUGCCAACACACUGCAAAGUGGGAUGAUGGCUGUUGAUGCUUGUAUCAAACCAAAAUUUUUUGAUGAUGGUGAUGAUGACGAGGGGCCUAUCAUUUUUAAAAGGAACAAUGCAUCAUCUAAGAAAAACCAACUAAACAAAGAGUUAAAGAAGGUAUCAUCUCGAAAGCGUGAUGGAUCAUCAGGGAAGUGUGUCUCUGAUUCGUUUUCUCCAAAUGGUCAAAACUCAAGCUUGCAAAAGGGUAAGGCAGUUCAAUCUUCAAAGGCAUCAACAGGGAAGUCAACUGAAACAAGUUCAAAGGCAUCGACUUCAAUAACUGAUAAGUUAAAAUGUUCUCCACAAAAGAAUUCAUCUAUUGAUAAUAUGGAGAAGCAAUUGAAGAAACCUUGCAAUGAGCCAUAUACAGAUUCUGUUGAUUCAGAUGAUGAUAAGCCAUUGAGCAUUAGACUUCCAACUUCUGCAUCACUAUUAAAGUGCAAGUCAUCACCUGUUUCAAAGGGUCUCAGUUCACCUGUUGCUAGUUCAUCACAAUCAGAAAAGACAAACGUCACCAAUAAGAAAUCUUCUGAAGAUUCAGAAGAUGAGCUACCAUUGUCAUUGAAGUUGAAGUUGAAGCCAAGUGUGGGGCUAUCUGGUAAGAAGUUCUAUGACUCUGGUGAAGAGAAACCUUUAGUUUCCAAGCUCCAGCAAAAUGGUUCCAGCAAGAGAGAUAAUGAGCCUUUGAAGUCCCCCAAAAAUUUGAACAAGAGACCUCUGAGUGGUGCCAAUUCAUCUGGUCAGUCAUUAGUUAAAAAGCUGAAAGUUUCAGAGGUGUCUGUUCCUACCAAAGUUAAGCAAACAUCUAUAAAAUCGGAGCCAAAAGAAGAAGAUGAAGAUGAUAUUCCUAUUUCUCAGAGAUUGAAGAAGUCAGCUUCUUCGGAUGAUAAAUCAUUAUCCUUGAAGAAAACCACAAAAGUUGUUUCUUCCUCAUUCAAGAAAACAACCAAUAAGUUGAAGAAGGCUGCAAAGAACUCUAAAUAUUCUAAGUCAACAAAAAUGCCACCUAGCUCUGGUGAAGGGCAAAAGUGGACUACCUUGGAACACAAUGGUGUCAUCUUCCCUCCUCUGUACAAGCCACAUGGGGUUAAGAUGCUCUAUAAUGGGAAACCUGUAGAUUUGACUCCUGAACAGGAAGAGGUUGCAACAAUGUUUGCAGUUAUGAAAGAUACAGAUUAUGCAACCAAAUCGAGAUUUAUAGAGAAUUUCAUGAAUGAUUGGAGAACAAUACUUGGUAAAAACCAUGUAAUUAAGAAAUUUGAGCUCUGUGAUUUCACACCUAUUUAUGAAUGGCAUCAGAGGGAAAAAGAGAAGAAGAAGCAAAUGAGUGCUGAGGAAAAGAAGGCAUUGAAAGAAGAGAAGCUAAAACAAGAGGAGAAGUACAUGUGGGCUAUUGUUGAUGGCGUUAAAGAAAAGGUUGGAAAUUUCAGAGUUGAACCGCCUGGGCUAUUUCGUGGCAGGGGAGAGCACCCAAAGAUGGGAAAGCUGAAAAAACGCAUACAUCCAAGUGAUAUCACUAUAAAUAUCGGAAAGGGUGCUCCAAUUCCUGAAUGUCCAAUUCCUGGUGAAAGAUGGAAAGAAGUAAGGCAUGAUAACACUGUUACGUGGUUAGCAUUUUGGAAUGAUCCAAUCAAUCCAAAAGAAUUCAAAUAUGUCUUCUUGGCAGCUAGCAGUUCCUUGAAGGGGCAAAGUGACAAGGAGAAGUAUGAGAAAGCAAGAUUACUGAAGGAUUACAUUAAAGACAUCAGAGCAAAUUACACCAGAGAUUUUGUGAGCAAAGACAUCACCAAGCGGCAAAUAGCUGUUGCCACUUAUCUUAUUGAUAAGCUUGCUCUAAGGGCAGGCAAUGAGAAGGAUGAUGAUGAGGCUGAUACAGUUGGCUGCUGUACACUGAAGGUGGAAAAUGUUGAGUUAGUCCCUCCAAACAAGUUACAAUUUGACUUCCUUGGUAAAGAUUCCAUUAGAUAUUUCAACACUGUUGAAGUUGAACUUGCUGUGUAUAAAGCAAUUGGACAAUUUAAGAAUGGAAAAGAAGAUGGGGAGGAUCUUUUUGACAGCUUGGAUACCAGUAAACUGAAUGCUCAUUUGAAGGAACUCAUGCCUGGUCUUACAGCUAAAGUUUUUCGUACAUACAAUGCAUCAAUCACUUUGGAUGAGAUGUUGAACAGAGAGAGUAAGGGUGGUGAUGUUGCAGAAAAAAUUGCUGUGUAUCAACAUGCAAACAAAGAGGUUGCAAUUAUAUGUAACCAUCAACGUAGUGUGUCAAAAUCCCACAGUGCACAAAUGCAUAGGUUGGAUGAUAAGAUCAAGGAACUAAAGGAUGCAUUGGACGAACUCAAAACAGAUUUGGCUAGAGCAAAGAAAGGGAAACCCCCUUUGAAGGGUGCUGAUGGGAAGCCUAAGAGGAACUUAACCCCUGAAGCGUUAGAGAAGAAGAUUGCUCAGGCAAAUGCUAAGAUUGAGAAAAUGGAACGGGACAAACAGAUCAAAGAGGAUCUUAAGACUGUAGCAUUGGGUACGUCAAAAAUAAACUAUCUUGAUCCAAGGAUAUCAGUGGCAUGGUGCAAACGCCAUGAAGUUCCUAUUGAGAAGAUAUUCAACAAAUCUCUUCUGGCAAAGUUUGCUUGGGCAAUGGACGUUGAUCCUGACUUCAGAUUCUGAUGUUUCGAUACUUGUUGCCCCAGAUUUUUCCAGGACAGCCCACACUUUUACCAUUGAGUUGUUCACAAUUGUCUUUUUUUUUUUUUCUUUUAUCUAUAUAUUUUUUAGUUAGAUAUCAAUGUACUCAUGUUGUAUGUGGCAUAUUACCUGUGGGUGUGAUUUGCCCCCCCCCCCCCCCCUCCUCCCUUCUUACGGGGCGACGAGAAAAGAACAAGGCAAAAGUUGUCUGUUGAAAUUUGUCAUUUCAACUGUGUAUUACCAUCCUUAGAGAUGUGCCAUGGACACUGAUUUACUGAAGACGUUUGAACACAGCAAACCUUUGUUUGCCUGUUGAAAUCUACCCUUGUUUAAAGUUAACAUUAUCAUCAUUUCA